AUGGAGAAUAACGAGGCAGAUAACUGGAGGGAUAUGGUCACGAAGAUGCUCCCACCAGGCCGAGCCCCUCGACUUGAACCCGGCCCAAUCCCAACUGCCGACCCUCUUUCAGAGUCCAGACGAUCCGUGGCCCGCGACUCGGCCCCUGUGAUCGAGCCUAUCCCCCUCCCUAGAAGAAGACUGUCCCGGAGCACCGAGUCAGUUGUGUUCGUUUUGCAGAACGAUGAUUUCUCUUCACGAUCGGGCUUGGGCUGGGGCUCGCCGGGCUCAGUCCACAGCUGGCAAGACGGGCCACUCCCUCCAAACGAGGCAAGGCGGCCUAUGGUGGUGACUUUCAACACGGCUGAUUGGUCUGAACGGCAAUUGGCCGAUAGGGAAAAGCAGGUUUUCCCCGAAUUUGUGGUGGGCUUAGCCAAGGAGAAGAAGAAGAAGAAGAAAAAGAGGAAAAAGGCGAGGGUUUGCUAUAGGUGCGGGAAAGGGAAGUGGGAGAUUAAAGAAAUAUUGCAGCAACUGUGUGCUCCGGGCCAUGGGCUCGAUGCCCGAAGGACCCCAUUAGAGGUUAAGCAUAUCAUGAAGGCCGAGAAGGAGUGUGGGGCCAAUCAGCUCCGGCCGGAGCAGUUGAUUGUGAACGGGUAUCCUUUGAAGACGGAGGAGAUGGCGGAGCUUUUCGGGUGCCCUUUGCCGCCUAGGAAGUUGAAGUCGAGCACGUAUUGGUAUGAUAAGGAAUCAGGUCUUUGUGGAAAGGAGGGAGAGAAGCCUGAUAGAAUUAUUAGUUCGAAUUUGAAUUUUACGGGUAAACUAAGCCCGAGCGCGAGCAAUGGGAAUACUGAGGUGUACAUGAAUGGUCGAGAAAUUACGAAGCAUGAGCUGAGAAUACUUAAGCUUGCAAAUGUACAAUGCCCUCGUGAUACCCAUUUUUGGGUGUAUGAUGACGGUCUAUAUGAAGAGGAAGGCCAAAAUAAUAUCAGAGGAAAUAUCUGGGAAAAUGCAUCAACUCGGUUCGUGUGUUCCUUGUUCUAUCUGCCUGUUCCUCAAGGUCAGCCUCAUGGGCUAAAGGAUGAGCCUAGCAACUACACGACUGUACCGAGUUAUUUUGAGCCGAAAAAAAAGUUUCAGAAGCUUCUUCUUUUUGGACUGCAAGGCUCUGGUACCAGCACCAUUUUCAAGCAGAGCAAUAUGUACAAGUAUCUCAGCAUCCUGCUUGAUGCUCGAGAACGUUUUGAGGAGGAAGAUUUAUUAGAGAGAAGAAGGCAAGCUUCUGACGAUGAGUCUGCUGAAGCAGAGGUAAAUAACCAAUGCAUUUAUUCUCUCAACCCAAGAUUGAAGCACUUUUCUGACUGGCUGCUCGACAUAAUUGCCACUGGGGAUUUGGAUGCAUUUUUCCCAGCCGCAACACGCGAAUAUGCCCCGCUUGUUGAGGAAGUAUGGAAAGAUCCUGCUAUUCAGGAGACUUAUAAGAGAAAGAAUGAACUCCACUUUCUUCCAGACGUAACCGAGUACUUCUUGAGCAGGGCAGUUGAAAUAUCGAGCAACGAGUAUGAACCUUCAGACAAAGAUAUAUUGUUUGCUGAAGGGGUGACUCAAGGUAAUGGGCUGGCUUUUAUGGAGUUCUCAUUGGACGAUUGA